UCCAUGCUCUGGACCCGACUACCUCUGGUUUCAGCGUCAGAUGGGACCGUUUGCCUGCAGGACAACGCUCUGGCCACCGUGUCUGCAGCCGGACGGAAAACACACAAACAAGCAGAAGAGAGAAUCAACCGGAGACAGAGUCCACCGGAGACGGAGUCCACCGGAGACAGAGUCCACCAGAGACGGACUCCACCGGAGACGGAGCCCACCGGAGACGGAGCCCAUUGGAAACAGAGUCCACUGGAGACGGAGCCCACCGGAGACGGAGUCCACCGGAGACUGAGCCCACUGGAGACAGAGCCCACCGGAGACGGAGCCCAUUGGAAACAGAGUCCACUGGAGACGGAGCCCACCGGAGACGGAGUCCACCGGAGACUGAGCCCACCGGAGACGGAGCCCACCGGAGACGGAGUCCACCGGAGACUGAGCCCACCGGAGACGGAGCCCACCGGAGACGGAGCCCACCGGAGACGGAGCCCACCGGAGACGGAGCCCAUUGGAAACAGAGUCCACUGGAAACAGAGUCCACUGGAGACGUCCAAUUUCCAGGGACCAGUGGACACAGAUACCAGAACCAUGCAGGGACAUCCAACUAGCAGCAUCAAUUAACGUCUGCUGCUAAUUGGUUAAUUAAUGCUGUUUGUCGUCUGAACCAGAACCACCGGUCCAAACUGAAACUUGAGAUCCACCCGGAUAGAAACUCCAUUUCUUUUCGUUUUUCACCAAACAGCAGAAAUCAGGACGUCUGUGAGCUUCUGCAGCAGCACUAAGAUGGUUUCCACUGUGAGCAUUAGAGCAUAUUAUUAUAAUUAUCGGUCUAAUAAUAAUAAAUGAUGACCUCAUUAAACUGAGUCCACUGUUUUGGUCUCAUAAAGUUUUGAUUUUGGUUAUUUUUAGUUCCAGGUUUCUUAUCAGUUAUGAGGUCAAUAAAAGUUAUUGUGCGUCUCUAACAUGAAAUUAAAUUUGGUGUUUAAACCGUCAGUGUUUCUAUUCGUGGCCCCUGACUCAACUUCUGGGGCCUCCAGCUUUUUUACUAAAUAAAGCAACAAAGAGCAAACAUGUUGUAGACUUUAGAUAUUAUCUAUAAAAUGUAGAAAAGCAGAAUAUUUUUGGUUGUGAUCGUUACGCUGGAACGUGGAAA